AUGUUGGAUAUAUCAGGCGACAAAAAUGAUAUUAAACAACAUUCAUAUUCGUUAAACACGUCGUGGUCCGAUGAUGAACAACUACUACAAAGCGUGUUGAAAUUUGAGAUGGAACAUGAUACCGAAUGGAUAUCAAAUGCCAUUGAAAAUGACAAAGGAACAGUAUUGGCUCAUUGUGAACAAGCUGUUAGCCGAUCGCCAAAGAUAAUCAUAGCUUAUUUAUUGAGUUAUUCAAAGAAUGAUCUUGAGCAGUUUACAGUGGUAAAUGAGGCUUUAGAGUAUGUUAUGUAAAGCGAAGUAUAAUCAAGCCUAAUUCAUCUUUUGGUACAACAGAAGGAAUACUACGAUGUGGAAAAAAUCUGGAAGUAAUACAAAAUGUGUCAUGAUGAGACAUUUAUUUUGCUAACGAGCUUUGUUUUUUGUUCAACCACGUGACGCUGUCAGUGUCUUUCAGAGUUUAUUUGUCAAUAAACCUCCUGAGUGCUUAUGCUUUUACUCACUACUAAUAAUUUAAUGUCGCAAUGCAUAAACUAGCAGAGGUGCGCGGGAUGGGAUAAGUUCCAGAAAGUUUUUGACGACACAGGAUAAGAGUUGUCUCUUCAAAACCGUAUUCACUAGCACCCUAGCGAAUAAACAUAGUUUACCAUGGAGAUUUUCGUAGUUAAAUUUAUCCUAAGGUGCACAUAAUUCAAAGUUUCCACGCUAUUCUACUUUUGUCUUAAAUAUGAUUCAUUCGACGCUGUCUACGAAUAUCUUAUUCAAAAAAAUUUCAGUGCACGUUUUGCAGGAGAGAAAUUCAAAAAUUGAGUGAGUCCGUUUUUGUGAGAUUUUGCUAUUUUUUCAAACGAAUUUGAAUAUCUUUGCUGUUCAGCAUUGUAGAGAGUCGGCGAUGUGGUUUUCGGAAUCAGCGUGAAAAGCUGAUUAUAAAACAUUGUCUUUUAAAAUUUCAGCCCAAAAGUGAAGAUUUUGGCGGGAUUUUGAAGCGAGAGCGCUAAAAGCGAUGAGAGACCAUCCUGCAAUCCUUAAUCCUCUUUCAAGUUAACUUUUAGGACCUUCAUUCUUGCUCCAUUCGAUCCGCCUCGAAAUGUAGAACAUAGUUAUAACUCGCUUUCUUUAAUUAUUGAAAGUAAUGUUAUCGGAUUAUUCCAUGUUGUGGUACAAGUAUUAUUCAAUAAAUCUAAGCGCACAGUAAAAAACACCUAACCAAAGUUUGUUGUUAAUUCUGCAUAAAGAAAAAGGUGAACAAUACCCUAGAGAACGUACUUGACGCAAGUACCUGAUUACUUGCUAAGUACUUGGAAAAAUUGGUAAUUAUUUUCAAAAUUUCUCACUUGCCAUGUACUUUCAGAAGUACUAAGUACCAUUCUAAAAAAACCAAAAGGAUUUUUUUAGGGAGAGUCGAAGAGAUUUUUAGCUUUGGUAAACUCGAGAAGUGUGUUUUCCUAACCGCAUUUUUUUUUUAAACAGUUUUCCUUUUAUUCACGAAAUAAUGGUAAAAUAAAAAUAAAAGCACAACUAUCAGAGAAAAAACACUUAUUCGGCAAUUCGGGAUAUCCCAUUGUAUGCCGGAUUCUAGAUGAACAUGCUGGAACAAAAUGAGUAUAUAGAGAAGAGAGAUUAUACUAGUGUUGGUGAAGAGAGAGAGAGAGAGAGAGAAUUGGGAAUCGAAUUUUGAGAUCCGCCGUAUCCAUGUGACGUCCUGCUCGUAAAGGUUUAAUACAUCAUGACUGAUUAAAUCUUCCAGUAGUAUCAAUAAAUCGGAGAAUGAUUGUAUACACUCCUAUCAGGUCCUGCUUAGCCAGUGCUCGGAUAGAUUCAUGUUUCAAAAGUAUGUGCUCCAACGUAAUGUGGUUAUCAUUAAGAACAAUACGCAGCUGCUCAAACAUAAAAUUACGA